AAACGACCCGAGACCGUGUAAUAACUAUAUCACGUAUUAGUGUUAUCUAACCUUUGAACGGAAGUUACCGGUAAACAUGGCUGACACCGCAAAGAAAGACGCAGUCGACGAGAAAAAGGAUACAAAGAAAGCGAAGGGUGAUAAAGAACCAGAAUUGUCUGAGGAAGACAAGCAACUGCAGGAUGAGUUAACCAUGUUAGUAGAGAGGCUCACAGAGUCUAACCACCAGCUCUACAAGCCAGCCCUGGAGAGUCUACGGACACAGAUUAGAGCCUCCACAACUUCAAUGACAUCUGUGCCAAAACCUCUAAAAUUCCUUCGUCCCCAUUAUGACACUCUUAAAGGUGUUUAUGAAAAAAUUCGUGACCAAGAAACAAAGAGAUUUUGUGCUGAUAUUGUAUCGGUCUUGGGAAUGACAUUUAGUGACAACAAAGAGAGUUUGAAAUACCGUCUUCUUGGAUCAAAGGAAGAAAUUGGUUCCUGGGGACAUGAAUAUGUCAGACACCUGGCUGGUCAAGUGGCCGCUGACUGGCAGGAUCUGGAGGAGAAGGACGCCGAGAUGAAGGCCCGCCUUCUGACCAUGGCCAAGGAGAUAGUGCCCUAUCACAUGGCCCACAAUGCUGAGGCCGAGGGCUGCGACCUCCUGAUGGAGAUUGAACGGCUCGACCUGCUACAAGACUAUGUUGACGAGUCCGCAUACAACAGAGUCUGUCUCUACUUGACCAGCUGUGUGGCGUAUGUGCCUGAUCCUGAGAAUGUGACACUGUUAAAAACAGCUGUGGAACUGUACAGAAAAUUCAAGCAGUAUCCACAGGCUCUGAGAUUUGCCAUGCAGCUCAAUGACCAGAAACUAAUUGAGGACAUUUUCUACUCUUGUAAAGAUGGAUUGACCGAGAAGCAGCUUGCCUUCAUGCUUGGCCGCCAGCAGAUCUACCUGGAGCUGCGUGAUGACAUGGAGGAGAACGAUGAACUCACAGAGAUCAUGUCCAACACACAUCUCAAUAACAACUUUCUUGCUCUGGCCAGAGAAUUGGAUAUCAUGGAGCCCAAAGUUCCAGAGGAUAUUUACAAGUCACAUCUUGAACCCACCAGAGGGUCUAUUGGUCCAUCCAGUGUGGAUUCUGCCAGACAGAACCUGGCCUCCUCCUUUGUCAAUGGCUUUGUGAAUGCAGCUUUUGGCCAAGACAAGCUCCUCAUGGAGGAUGGCAAUAAAUGGCUCUAUAAAAACAAGGACCAUGGUAUGAUGACGGCCACUGCCUCCCUGGGUCUCAUACUGCUGUGGGAUGUAGACGGGGGACUCACACAGAUUGACAAGUACCUCUACUCCUCUGAGGACUACAUUAAGGCUGGUGCUCUACUGGCCUGUGGUAUAGUGAACUCUGGAGUCCGCAAUGAGUGUGACCCGGCCCUGGCCCUGCUCUCAGACUAUGUCAUGCAUACUAGUAACACCAUGAGGACUGGAGCCAUUAUAGGAUUGGGUCUUGCCUAUGCUGGCUCCAAUAGAGAGGAUGUGCUCCAACUCAUACUGCCAGUUUUGGGCGACUCAAAAUCAAGCAUGGAGGUGCUGGGUAUAGCAGCACUGGCCUGUGGUAUGAUAGCGGUGUCCAAGUGUAAUGGGGAUGUCACCUCCACCAUCUUACAGACCAUGAUGGAGCGAUCAGAGGCCGAGCUUAAGGACACAUUCUCCAGAUAUUUGGCACUUGGCCUGGCCCUCAACUACUUAGGUCGCCAGGAGGCUGUAGAUGCAACCUUGGCUGCACUAGAGGUGGUCAGUGAGCCACUCAAGUCAAUGGCUUACAUGCUUGUUGAUGUCUGUGCUUAUGCAGGUACCGGUAAUGUUCUGAAAAUCCAACAGCUUCUCCAUUUGUGCUCGGAACAUGAUGAAAAGAAAGACCAGGACAAGAAUGAAAACAAAGAGGACAAGAGCAAGAAAAAGGAUAAGAAGGAGGAGGAGAAGCCAGCCACAGCAGACCUCACAGCUCAGCAGGGCGUAGCAGUGCUGGGGCUUGCCCUCAUUGCCAUGGGCGAGGACAUUGGGGCGGAGAUGUGCUUCAGGUCCUUCAGCCACUUGCUGAGAUACGGGGAGGUAGGGAUACGUCGUGCUGUGCCACUCGCCCUGGGCCUACUGUCUGUCUCCAACCCCAAGCUGCAGAUCCUGGACACUCUCAGUAAAUUCUCACAUGACAGUGACCCGGAAGUAACACAGAAUUCAAUAUUCGCAAUGGGACUUGUAGGUGCUGGAACAAACAAUGCCCGUCUAGCUGCCAUGUUACGUCAGCUGGCGGUGUACCACAGCAAGGACCCCAACAACCUGUUUGUGGUGCGCCUGGCGCAGGGCCUCACCCACCUGGGGAAGGGGACGCUGACUCUGUCCCCCUACCACAGUGACCGCACGCUGAUGAGCCCUGUGGCUGUGGCCGGACUGAUGGCUGCCCUUGUUUCCUGUCUGGAUAUAAAAAACUUGAUCCUAGGGAAGUCUCACUACAUGCUGUACCAUCUGGUGUCGGCCAUGCAGCCUAGGAUGUUGGUUACCUUCGAUGAGGAGCUACACCCAUUGCCAGUAGCAGUAAGGGUUGGCACGGCAGUGGAUGUGGUCGGUCAAGCAGGUAAGCCGAAGACAAUCACAGGCUUCCAGACACAUACUACACCCGUAUUGCUGGCGUAUGGAGAGAGGGCAGAGCUGGCCACUGAUGAAUAUCUACCGAUGACAUCUGUGAUGGAGGGCUUUGUAAUACUGAAGAAGAAUCCAGACUUUGAGUCUACAUAGAUAGGGAACACAUCCAGAGCAUUCUAUUUGCUUAACAUGGAUGGAAAAAAUAUUAUGUUUCCUUGUCAUUCGUCAUUUCAGCCUUUGACAAAAUAAGAUGUUAUACCAGUUGUGAUCUAAAUGGACAUGUACCUCUGUUCAUAGUAAAUACAAAUCUGUAAGAUGAUAUGUCAAAUUUGGAUGUUUGUGGCAUUGUUAUUAUAACUGUAUUCAACACAAGGAAACAUGUCCAGGAUGUGCGAAAAUAGCAUCUCAUAGCAGUCCUUGUUGUCUUCUGUUAGAUGUCGGUCAUGGAUUACAGACUGUUGCUUUAGAAGCAACUUCUCCUUUGUGCUAUUUUUUCAUUUGUAUGAAUAAAUAAAGUACUUGACACAUUAA